GCCCCUGGUUACGGGAGUUCAGAGCGAAGAAUGCUGUGGAUUUCUCGCAGUUAACAUUUGAUCCAGGACAGAAAGAACUUGUUGUAGGAGCAAGAAACUACCUCUUCAGGUUACAACUUGAGGAUCUGUCUCUUAUCCAGGCUGUGGAAUGGGAGUGUGACGAAGCUACCAAGAAGGCCUGUUACAGCAAAGGCAAAUCAAAGGAGGAAUGUCAGAACUACAUCCGGGUGCUUCUGGUGGGUGGCGACCGGUUAUUCACCUGUGGGACCAAUGCAUUCACACCUGUCUGCACCAACCGCUCGUUGAGCAACCUGACUGAGAUCCACGAUCAGAUCAGUGGCAUGGCCCGCUGUCCCUACAGUCCCCAGCACAAUUCCACAGCGCUCCUCACAGCUGGUGGGGAGCUCUAUGCUGCUACAGCCAUGGAUUUUCCAGGACGUGAUCCUGCCAUUUACCGAAGCCUGGGCAUUUUACCUCCUCUCCGCACAGCACAGUACAACUCCAAAUGGCUCAAUGAGCCAAACUUUGUGUCAUCUUAUGACAUCGGAAAUUUUACCUACUUCUUUUUCCGAGAAAAUGCAGUAGAGCAUGACUGUGGGAAAACAGUGUUCUCCAGAGCUGCCCGGGUGUGCAAGAAUGAUAUUGGUGGGCGCUUCCUGCUGGAAGACACCUGGACCACAUUCAUGAAGGCUCGCCUGAACUGCUCCCGUCCUGGGGAAGUCCCAUUUUACUACAACGAAUUGCAGAGUACUUUCUUCCUGCCUGAGCUGGAUUUGAUCUAUGGCAUCUUUACCACCAAUGUGAACAGCAUCGCGGCCUCAGCUGUGUGCAUCUUCAACCUGAGCGCCAUCGCACAGGCCUUCGCCGGGCCCUUCAAGUACCAAGAGAACUCGCGCUCGGCCUGGCUACCUUAUCCGAACCCAAACCCCAACUUCCAGUGUGGCACCGUGGACCAGGGCCUGUACGUGAACCUGACCGAGAGAAAUCUGCAGGAUGCUCAGAAGUUCAUUCUGAUGCAUGAGGUGGUGCAGCCGGUGACCACAGUGCCCUCCUUCAUGGAGGACAAUAGCCGCUUUUCCCACGUGGCCGUCGACGUGGUGCAGGGCAGAGAAGCGCUCGUCCACAUCAUCUAUUUGGCCACAGAUUACGGAACCAUUAAGAAAGUGCGGGCGCCCCUGAAUCAGACCUCAAGCAGCUGUUUGCUGGAAGAGAUUGAGCUCUUCCCGGAGAGGCAGAGGGAGCCCAUCAGGAGCCUGCAGAUCCUGCACAGCCAGAGCGUCCUGUUCGUGGGCCUGCGGGAGCACGUGGUCAAGAUCCCCCUGAAGAGGUGCCAGUUCUACCACACACGCAGCACCUGCAUUGGGGCCCAGGACCCUUACUGUGGCUGGGACGUGGUGAUGAAGAAAUGCACAAGCCUGGAGGAGAGCCUGAGCAUGACGCAGUGGGAACAGAGCAUCUCUGCAUGUCCGACCAGGAAUCUCACCGUGGAUGGACACUUUGGCAUGUGGUCUCGGUGGACACCUUGCACGCACACGGAUGGAAGUGCAGUGGGAUCCUGCCUCUGUCGAACCCGCUCCUGCGACAGCCCGGCCCCGCAGUGUGGUGGCUGGCAGUGUGAAGGCCCUAGCAUGGAGAUCGCCAACUGUUCCAGGAACGGAGGCUGGACUCCCUGGACGUCGUGGUCUCCCUGCAGCACUACCUGUGGGAUCGGCUUCCAGGUGCGGCAGCGCUCCUGCAGCAACCCCACUCCCAGGCACGGAGGCCGGGUGUGCGUGGGACAGAACCGCGAGGAAAGGUACUGCAAUGAACAUUUGCUAUGUCCCCCACACAUGUUCUGGACAGGCUGGGGUCCUUGGGAACGGUGCACAGCCCAGUGCGGGGGUGGCAUUCAAGCUCGCCGCAGGACCUGUGAGAAUGGGCCUGACUGUGCAGGCUGCAAUGUGGAGUACCAGCCUUGCAACACCAACCCGUGUCCUGAGCUGAAGAAGACCACACCCUGGACACCCUGGACGCCUGUCAACAUCUCUGACAACGGCGGCCACUACGAGCAGCGGUUCCGAUACACGUGCAAAGCCCGCCUGCCCGAUCCGAAUUUGCUGGAGGUGGGAAGACAGAGAAUCGAAAUGCGGUACUGUUCUAGCGACGGUACCAGUGGCUGCUCCACAGACGGGCUUUCUGGGGAUUUCCUGCGUGCUGGCAGAUACUCUGCCCACACAGUCAACGGGGCUUGGUCAGCCUGGACGUCGUGGUCACAGUGCAGCCGUGACUGCAGCAGGGGCAUUCGGAACCGGAAGCGUGUUUGCAACAACCCCGAACCCAAGUAUGGGGGAAUGCCUUGCCUCGGCCCAUCUCUAGAAUAUCAGGAAUGCAACAUUUUGCCCUGCCCAGUGGAUGGCAUGUGGUCUUGCUGGUCUCCCUGGACGAAAUGUUCAGCAACAUGUGGCGGUGGACACUAUAUGAGGACCCGUUCUUGCUCCAAUCCAGCCCCGGCCUAUGGAGGAGACAUCUGCCUGGGGCUGCACACAGAAGAGGCACUCUGCAACACGCAGCCCUGCCCAGAGAGCUGGUCAGAGUGGUCGGACUGGUCUGAGUGCGAAGCUUCUGGUGUCCAAGUCCGUGCCCGCCAGUGCAUCCUCCUGUUCCCCGUGGGCAGCCAGUGCUCCGGGAACACCACGGAGAGCCGGCCGUGUGUGUUUGACUCUAAUUUCAUCCCAGAAGUAUCUGUGGCAAGAUCCAGUAGCGUAGAAGAGAAAAGGUGUGGAGAGUUCAACAUGUUCCACAUGAUCGCCGUGGGGCUGAGCAGCUCCAUCCUUGGCUGCCUCCUCACCCUGCUCGUCUACACCUACUGCCAGAGGUACCAGCAGCAAUCCCACGAUGCGACUGUCAUCCACCCCGUCUCACCCGCCCCCCUUAAUACCAGCAUCACCAACCACAUCAACAAACUGGACAAGUACGACUCGGUGGAGGCCAUCAAGGCAUUUAACAAAAACAACUUGAUCCUAGAGGAAAGAAACAAAUACUUCAACCCACAUCUCACUGGGAAGACCUAUUCUAACGCCUACUUUACAGAUCUCAAUAAUUAUGAUGAGUACUAACAGUUCUUAUGUUUUUGGCUUCUUGUAAAUCCCCAGUUCCUCAAGGCCUGUGCCCCAUGACUGUCCAUGUUUCUGAGGCUUCAGAGUUGAAGUUUGGAUACAUUUCAAGUGCAUUUCAAGCCACUGGAGUGUCCCAUUGCUGCCAAAAAUACACAUUUUUAAAAGCAACAAAAAUUGAAAUAUGACAUCGUGAAAAUCUUGACCAUUGUUGAAUGAAUCAGGGUGUGAAGUUUUUAAUUGUGUUCAUCCUAUUUUUCUGACCAGUCCAUUGGUUUGUUUUUUGAGCUUUGUUUUAUAAAUGUGCCACCCACAUUGGAAGGAGUCUUUAGAAAUAUGAAUGUCUUCUUGCUUUGGGGUGCAAAUCUUCAUGAUGUUUUAAUUCAAGAAAAUAGGCACUUUUUCUGAGAGACCUGCUCCCUCCACAAGAAGUGCUUAGGUCCAUAAUAUUUCAAAAAAUGAAGAAAAAGAAUGUGGCCAAACAAUUAUUCACCAUGGAUCGCCCAACUUCCCAAAUCUGGAUAAAGCUAUGGGAUUCUUGGAAGCAGCUUGUGUGUUUUCAUCUUGCCUGGGAAGCACAGGAAUUCUACCUGGCCCACAUCUGCAGAGGUUACAGUUGACUGUGAGGCACCUCACCUUGCUCCUGAUGCAGUUUCUGUGCCAUUGCUGGUGGAGGGAGCGGAGCAGUGGCGCAGGCACAAGGAAGCGUGGAUGUGUUCUGCAGGUUGCUGCAAAACUCGCCUUAUUCUGACUUUUGGAUUUCAUGGCAUUCUAGGAAGUUCCUUGCCAUGCGGUUGACCUGGAAGCCCACCUGUCUGGUCCAUAGUAAUGUCCUGAAGAGCCAGUCUGUAAAAUAACCAACCACUUACUUAGCGUUUGGAUAGACUCCACACCUCCUCUCUCCCUGCAAAGAAAAUCUUGAACAUUUAUGAUGUCAAUUAGUGAAAGUACUGAAAAUACUAAAUUAUAACUAAAAGCAACUUUUUUAUGUUAUAGAGAAUAUUGAAGGAACUGAUAUUAAUGAUAAUCAAUGUUUUAUUUUUCAUCUCUCUGAUAUAACCAAUGUGUGGGUAAUCAGCCCCUACCAAGAGCAUUAAUGCCAUGUAAAGCUGGCUUUCUGGAGUCCGCCAAGUCCAUACGAAGUGGUACCCCCAGUUUCUGCUGUUACUUGCUGCCUCCAGGCCAGGGGAGCAGGAGAUGCUCAGCUCUGGUGCCUUUUCUUUUAUUUCAGUGCUGCCUUCCCACCCAACCAGUCCAUCCACCCUCGCCUCUCCCUGCAUGGAGGCAACAGCAUUUCAAGGUGCACCUUGGGAAGUCAGGAUAGCUGGAAGUAAGGGUUUUUGGGAUCCCUGUGGUCUCAUCAUUGAUCAUCGAUAAGCAUUUAAGAGUGUGAUAACACCAUUCACGGAGGUCACCGGAAAAAAAUAUAUACGUUUCUCACAAACAACUGAUACAUAACAUAUGGCAGUUAGUUGAAUAAAUAUUGAAAAUAAUAACACGAUUGAAAAAGUUCAUCUGAUGCCUCUAACCAUGUGCUAAAGUUCUGGGUAGACAUGGAAAUGUGUUCUUACUGACAAAUGAACCUUCAGAUCUAUGAAAAAAUAUAUAGUAGGGGUACUAAGGAACACAGAAUUUUAUUAGCAUAUGUGCUUUUUACCCUUACCCUAGUUUCCAAUUUCAAGAAACAAUUUCAGAAAGUGUUAGAAGAAUUCUAUGUUUAAUAAUGAAUAUUGAGUUCAAAAUAUAAAUAUACCCAAAUUUACAGAAAUGACAUGGUAUUGAAAUGGCAGGUGGGCUCUGUAAGUUCUUUUGGAUUGCAAGUAAAUGACAUUCAGGGUCUUUGCAGUGGGGAGUUCAUGUUGCCUCUCACGCAUUCCUCAUAUGUCAGAGUCUUCUGUCUAUAUGCACAUGAUCAAAGCCCAUACUCAGUAGGGGAAAUCUAGCCAGCUCAUUCUCUAAUUGUUCCUAGGGUGGAUUUUCAUAAGGUAUUUCAACUCAUCUCAUCACUUUCUUGUAAGAAAAAAAAAAUUAUCACUAUGUAGCACGUUUUAGUUAUUUUUUAGUCUUCUUCCCUAAUAUUUUGUAAGCUUAAAGGGACAUUUUAUUUUCCCUGGGAAAGAGAAUUCUAAUAUUUCAAGAAUGCUUCACUGGAAUUGAUGGGAAAUGGUUUCUAAAUGCCAUCGAAGCUGGUCUUUAAUGACUAUUUUGCAGUGACUUGGGAAAACACCCCCCCUCACUACAGGAUCUUCGUGGUGUUAAUAAUAUAAACCUUUGAAAUUA